CGCGGCGCCAUUUUGCAGGCGGCUGUCGCGGGGACCGGAGGCGGAGGCGGCGGCGGCGGCGGCGGCUGGCACUGCGGCGCCGAGGCGCGGCGGCAGGACGGGAGCCCAGCGAGCUGCAGCCAGCUAGGUCUUGACUCUGCUAACCGGGAUCCCCCUGUGGUUUCGAGCUUGGACCUCAGCAGCACGAGGAAAUGUAGCUCAGCGGCUUGUAACGGAAAGCAUAUGGACAGGUCCACGGUGCGGCAUUUAGUGCAGGAGUUCUGGCAUGUGCUGUCAGCACACAUUCUGAGCUGUGCUUUGAGACCAUGAACAAGUGACCAGUCUCUAAAUGUCAGAGAAGCGAAUUUAAGGUGAACAGUGAAUUCACUCAUCUCACCCAGAUGUUUACCCUUUACCAUGAUGCUUCCCUUUGAAGGAAAAAUAACACUCAUCAACAUUCAUCCAGGGACCCGCUGUGACUUGUUUAAUCCAUUCACCUGUUGAUGGACCUUUUGAUGUCUUGAAUUCUGGGCUGUUAUAAUGAAAACAGCUUUGAGAAUUUGUCUACAAGUAUUUGUGUGGAAGAAAUCUGCAUUUUGAAGAAGCUUUGCAAGUGCUAAGAGAUGGCGGCACUUGUGGGGCUCUUCUCUGCCUGAGCAUCGGGCCCUCCAGGCACCGGGAGAGCCGGCUCAGAUCCUGCUGGGCUCCUUGCCUGAACAAGCCUUCUCUUCCGGCCCCGGCAGUCCAGCGGCUAAACUGCUCGUUUUCUCUUAAUGAUGGGCAUCGGUAAGAACACCACGUCCAAAUCCAUGGAGGCCGGAAGUUCAACUGAAGGCAAAUACGAAGAUGAAGCGAAGCACCCUGGUUUCUUUACUCUUCCGGUGGUGAUAAAUGGAGGUGCCACGUCCAGCGGUGAACAGGACAAUGAAGAUACGGAGCUCAUGGCAAUCUACACGACAGAGAAUGGCAUCGCAGAAAAGAGCUCUCUUGCCGAAACCUUGGAUAGCACUGGCAGUCUAGACCCCCAGAGGUCGGACAUGAUUUAUACCAUAGAAGACGUCCCCCCCUGGUACCUGUGCAUAUUUCUGGGGUUACAGCACUACCUGACCUGUUUCAGUGGCACCAUCGCUGUGCCCUUUCUGCUGGCCGAUGCUAUGUGUGUGGGGUACGACCAGUGGGCCACCAGCCAGCUCAUCGGGACCAUUUUCUUCUGCGUGGGAAUCACAACCUUGCUGCAGACAACGUUUGGAUGCAGGUUACCCCUGUUUCAGGCCAGUGCUUUUGCAUUUCUGGCCCCUGCUCGAGCCAUCCUGUCUUUAGAUAAAUGGAAAUGUAACACCACAGAUGUUUCAGUGUCCAAUGGAACCACAGAGCUGCUACACACAGAGCACAUCUGGUACCCCCGGAUACGUGAGAUCCAGGGUGCCAUCAUCAUGUCCUCACUGAUAGAAGUGGUCAUCGGCCUCCUCGGCCUGCCUGGGGCUCUGCUGAAAUACAUCGGGCCCCUGACCAUUACGCCCACAGUGGCCCUCAUCGGGCUGUCUGGCUUCCAGGCGGCAGGAGAGAGAGCGGGGAAGCACUGGGGCAUCGCCAUGCUGACAAUUUUCCUAGUAUUAUUGUUUUCGCAGUAUGCCAGAAAUGUUAAAUUUCCUCUCCCAAUUUACAAAUCCAAGAAAGGAUGGACUGCAUACAAGUUACAGCUUUUCAAAAUGUUCCCUAUCAUCCUGGCCAUCCUUGUGUCCUGGCUGCUGUGCUUCAUCUUCACAGUGACUGACGUCUUCCCUCCCGACAGCACAAAGUACGGCUUCUAUGCUCGGACGGACGCCAGGCAGGGCGUGCUUCUGGUAGCCCCGUGGUUUAAGGUCCCGUACCCGUUUCAGUGGGGCCUGCCCACCGUCUCCGCCGCCGGUGUCAUCGGCAUGCUCAGCGCAGUGGUCGCCAGUAUUAUUGAGUCCAUCGGGGAUUAUUACGCCUGCGCAAGGCUCUCCUGUGCACCGCCGCCCCCCAUCCAUGCAAUCAACAGGGGGAUUUUCGUGGAGGGUCUCUCCUGUGUUCUCGAUGGCAUAUUUGGUACUGGGAAUGGCUCUACUUCAUCCAGUCCCAACAUUGGUGUUUUGGGAAUUACUAAGGUCGGCAGUCGCCGGGUGAUCCAGUACGGCGCGGCCCUCAUGCUGGCGCUGGGCAUGAUCGGCAAGUUUAGUGCCCUCUUCGCCUCCCUCCCGGAUCCGGUGCUCGGCGCCCUCUUCUGUACUCUCUUCGGAAUGAUCACAGCUGUUGGGCUCUCCAACCUGCAGUUCAUCGACUUAAAUUCUUCCCGGAACCUCUUUGUGCUUGGAUUUUCGAUCUUCUUUGGGCUUGUCCUUCCAAGUUACCUCAGACAGAACCCUCUCGUCACAGGAAUAACAGGAAUCGAUCAGGUGUUGAAUGUUCUUCUCACAACUGCUAUGUUUGUAGGAGGCUGCGUGGCUUUUAUCUUGGAUAACACCAUCCCAGGUACUCCAGAAGAAAGAGGAAUCAGGAAAUGGAAGAAGGGUGUGGGCAAAGGGAGCAAGUCGCUCGAUGGCAUGGAAUCCUACGAUUUGCCAUUUGGCAUGAACAUUAUUAAAAAAUACAGAUGCUUCAGCUACUUACCCAUCAGCCCAACCUUUGUGGGCUACACGUGGAAAGGCCUCGGGAAGAGUGCCACCAGCCGGAGUUCGGACGAGGACUCACAGGCCACAGUAUAGCUGUAGGUCACCCUGUGGCCCAGCCGCAGUGAGGCAUGAAGCUGUAGUUCCUUGCUGAGUAACAAGCAGUAACAUAUAUGUUUGUAUAUCUGCAUUUACCUUCUGCACCCAGGGCUAAGACGAUUACAGAUAGCUUUUUUGUUGUGGGUGGUGAUCGUGUCUAUUAUCGUGUCUCACUGGUCUCCUUAUUUAAGCCCUACCCCUUGCCCUUGAGAGCAUCCAUUGAACUUCCUAUCCUCCUGUGGGAGUGGGUGUUUGAAAUCCACAGCGGUUCCUUGGUUUUGGUCUCCUCCUACCACCCUGGGCUAGCUUUCUCACGAGCCGCUGCCAUGGUCCAGGGGCUUUCUGUCCCAGAAGCACUGGACCUGCUUCUGUUUUAUUUGACUUUGGCCUGCAACCCGCAGAGACCCCCUCUGGUCAAGGGACACCAGUCUCCUCACACUGUCACAGCUGAGGGUCAAAGGUGAUUCUGUGUUCCCUGAUCCUCCUGUAGGAGGACGCUACUGACCUGAUUGAAAACCGUGACAUGGUUACCCCCGGCCCAUGUCUGUGCGUGGGUAAGUUCUGUACAGGUAUUACUAGAACCGACAUCUGUUUGGGGGAUUGGAGGGAAAGGGGAAGUACCUGAAGUCAUAUCUGGUCUUCAGCUGCUCUAUCUUGGUGCCCCCGGCCCAGGGUGGGCCAGCACAUCUCAUAGGCUUCUUUGUCACUCUGACUGAGACACUCUAUCUGACAUUUGUCACUCUGGGCCGGUGUGAUGGGUAGAGUGCCACACAAGGGCACUAAGCAGAUGUGUAUGGGAGUCUUGACUCUGCUAUCAUGUGGAUGUCGGUUACUGUUGCGCUUGUCUAUAAAUUACAAGAUUCUAUUCCUAUUUAAUGUUAUGACUAUAGCAGGUUUUUUGAAAUCAGUGUUUUCCAUGUGACCCUCUUACCGUGCAUCCCUGUUACUUGUCCCCUACCCCUCACCUCCCUUUAAGAAAAGAACCAGCAUUUGUAAAGCUGUGGACACCAUCAGGGAAGCUUGUCGUCAUGGCUUUUGAAGGCCAGUAACCAUUAUUGUGGUUGUGUUUUGUAUUGCUUGAUACCAUGAAAGUGUAAAUACUGUAAUGCCUAAUCUAUUUAUCAAAACUGACUACUGGACCAGAGCCCAGAAACCAUGGGUUAAGUUAUACGUGAAUUUGUUUUGUGAAGAAGGGAAGCUGGGGGCAGGUAAUCAACAGAGCCGCCAUAUUGAAGGGUCGGGCAUCCUGGUAAAUUCAUCACUGCAGUUCUGUUUCGAGUCUUUUCUGGCACUUAAGGCUUAAGGAGACUGUGUGUGGGUUGUCAUGUUGUGUGUCCACUGGAUCUUAAUUUUGCAGAGGGGAAGAUUAGACCCCCUGGCCAAAUGCACCUUUCCUAUUUAAGUCAUUGCAGAAGGUGGUGACAAAAAGCAGUUGGCAGGGCCCCUUCCGUCCAGUUCUUGUUAAUAACACUAAAUCCUCUGUGAAAAAAUGACUUCUGUGGAAUUUGGUUUGAAAUUUGUCAGCCAAAGGAAAACCCUGAAACACCAAGGAGUGACCUCACCGUGUGAGGUGGUGCUUCCUAGGCGGCUCCUUGACCUGGUUGAGCCUUGGACAGCCGUGGGUGUUCCUGUCUCUGACAGCAGGGCAUGGUUCUCAGCUGCCUUGUGUCCACAGGAUAAGUCCGCUGCCCCCACAGCUGGCUCUGCUCCACCACGCUGGGAUGUCCUUGGCAGCAUUAUUGUCCCCCUAGCCUCCCUGACUCCUGGGAAGUUUGGGGCUUCAAGGCGUAUUCUGGCAAGAACAGUUUUACAGCCACUGCAUUGUUUGCCAAGAUCUGGUUGCAGAUUAAGUAAAAAAAAAAAAAAAAAAAAAAAAAAAAAAGAUUCUAAAUUACAUUUAAUUUUGUAUGUUUUUAAAAAUUGUAUCUGAUGCAUAGUUAACUUUAGAAGCACACUGGUUAACUAACGACUUUCAUCCCUUUAACUUGGUAAGCACUCAAUGCCGAAGGCCCUCCUGCACCGAGUCGCUCUCAGUUUCCUUCUAUUUGGGUUUUUUGCUCAGCAUCUCUAAUUUCUCUGUUCUGAAAAGUGGGGAAAACUGUUAAACAUGCCAGAGAUUCUAGCUCUCUAGGGGAGCAGAAGGACCAAAUAUCCAAAUAAAAGCAUGUGAACCAUUGGAUAAUCUUAACUUUCAAUCUGGCAUCUUCCCUCCCAGUGCGUGACACUCAGGAUAUGCUUCAGACAUCCAGAAACCCACUCCCUUCUGAAAACCCCUCCUUGGGCUCGGUUUUAUUGGGUGGUUCCAAGUGUGCUGGUCUGGGGGAUGUCUUCUGCAAGCUUUUAAAUGUGGAGGGAAGCCCUGUACCCCCACGUUCUGUUAGAAAUGAGGGUUUUCGCCCUUUUUGUUCCGUUGGGGCCAACUUUUAGAUUCCCUAAGGCAGGGGGAAGGGGGGGUACAGGAAGUGGGGAGGAAAGAGGGCAGCCCGACUAGAGGGCCCAUUGAGUCUGGUACUUUCUGCACAGCCUGUGAAACUCACCUCGGCUUGAGUGAUUGGAGUCUCCUGAUGAUUAAUGCCAUUUUAGAUAGUGGUCCUCCUGCUGGCAAAUAUGCUACAGAAUGAGUCUGUAAUCAAGAGAAAUAUGUAUUCGUCUGCUCCUUAGGCUUUAGCACACGCAUGAAAGGGAGGUUUGGGAGAACACAGUGGCUGUUCCUAGUCUGCGUCUGUGCACUUCCCACUUCCAUGGUUGGCCUGCACUACUGGGGCCAGGUACCCACCAUGCUUUGUUUGGCCAAUAGAAUGUUUCAAAGGGUUUGGGAUGUAAAUGUCCUUGGGCGGGGCAUUCAGACUCCAGUUUCCAUAGUGACCACCUACCCACCAUCUUUACAUUCACCUUGGGGGACUUGAUGUGAGAAGUAGAAAGUAUAAGGACAGUAGAUGGCUGUCACAUCACGGUGGGUGGCAAGGGAGAUCCCACCACUGGUUUUAAUAAAACAUCUAACAUGGUUGACCGAAUAAUGGGAAAUGGCUCCAGUCUUUGUCUCAUUAGGGAAUUAAACUGAGAUUGGUUCAUACAGACUCUUUUUUAAGAGGGUUUCGGAUGUUAACUUGUAGUAAGUUUCUGGUGAUGGGUGAGGGCAAGAGAAGUGGCUUAACCAGGCCAGCUAGAAUGAAGCGUCAUGAGUCCCGAUGGUUUCCCAUUUUCAUGGUAACAAAUUCACACACAGGAUUUGCUUUAUACUGUAGAAUAAUGACUUUCAUGAUGACGACUUGGUUUAUGCAUGAAUCUUGCAGUAUUUCCAUAUAGUAAAAUAACAUUUCUACCCAGGAUAAUAGUCACAGUUUUCCAGGGAGGGAAUGAUAUAAUUUUCAUGACAAUGUCAUGUGAUAAUAGAAUUUCUCCAUUGAUGAAUCUCUAGUAUGUGUGUAUACUUUAUUUACCCAUGCGUCUAUUUUAUCACCAUGAGCUAACUUGUUCCUUCUUUAGUUCACGGCCCUGCUGAAAUACCGGUACUGGCAACUUCGACUUGAAGUUGGCAGUUAUAAUCUUCCAUAAUACCGAUGUGGCAGGCGUGGCCAGGUCAGGUGGAAGGUGGAUAGGUAACUGUGGCAGAAGCCUCAUUCCGGUACCUGGCUGGGGCCGGGCCAUGCUGUCGCCGUGCCGAGCUGUGGCUGUGGGUGGGGCCUGAGACUUCGGGGGUGGGGUAGUUGGCCUCAGAAGCGCCUGGGGUUUUCACACGCUGUGCGUGUGGUGCUCUGUCCCCUUAGGAUUUGGACACCCACCACUUGACCUGCAGUCACAUCCCGAGUAGCGCAGGAAGACCGCCCGCAGUGGCAGGCAUUCAGCUCCCACCCGUGGACGUGGAAAGCACGUUAGCGCUGGGCACCCCUUUUCAGCAGCCUCACACACAUUCCUGUCCUUUGAGGUUGUUCUUGACCGUGCCUCGUCCUCACUCCACAGGAGCCACAUCCAGCGUCCUUAGACGUGCUGUGUUUGUUUCCUGGCAUGUAGGGCACCCUCACCAGUGUUGCCGUCUUACUGACAGUUCAAGUUGAUACCCUUUUCUGUUCGUUGGUAAUAACCUUUGUUUGACACAUUAAUAAAUUUCUGACUGUUCUUAAAGGAGUGGGGAUGCCUAUAUUUUCCUUGAGUUUUUGUGACUGACUUUGGCUCUCUACCUUUCGGGGAUUUUCUUUGUUUUUUAUUUUUAUUUUGCAUACCGAGGGUAUUUGGGGGUGGGGUUGUUUUUUGAGAUGUGUAAUUCUUUUAUGGAGUUUUUAAAAAGAAUUUUCAUAUUGUUUUUCUAACAUGGCUUCAUUAAACGUUUAAGUAUUUUAAAAAUAUGUAAUAUUUGGACCAGAUGUUGUGAAUAAUAGUAGAGAUAAAGCUAUUUUAUUCUGUAUUUUUAAAACUGUUCCGUACAAAUAAAAGCUCUCCUGGACGCA